UUUUUUUUCUUUCUUUUUACCUUUUCUCUUUUUUUAUUCCUUUCAUUAUAUCAUCCUUUUGUCCUCCUUCCUCUAUUUCUCCUCCUCCUGCUCCCCCUUUUUUUUUCUUUUUGUUAUUUUCUUUGAUUUAUUCUUUCCUUACUUCAUUGUUUCUUUCCAUCUAUUUUUUUUUCUCUUUAUCUUUUUGUUUUUAUAUUACCUUUUUUUUACAUUAACAACUCAUUUUUUAAAGGGAAAAAAAGAAAUCAACGACUUUAUUCGAUUACCAUCCUUUUAUUCAAUAUAUCAUGUCUCAAUCUAUGGAUUUAAGAGUUGGAAACAAAUAUCGUAUUGGUCGAAAGAUCGGAUCUGGUUCUUUUGGUGAUAUUUAUCUCGGUACCAAUAUUGUUACAAAUGAAGAAGUAGCUAUUAAAUUGGAAUCAGUCAAAGCAAAACAUCCUCAAUUAGAAUAUGAAGCCAAAGUAUACAAAUCAUUAUCAGGUGGUGUUGGUAUUCCUUUUGUUCGAUGGUAUGGAACAGAAUGUGAUUAUAAUGCUAUGGUCAUUGAUCUUUUAGGACCUUCAUUGGAGGAUUUAUUUAAUUUUGUCAAACGCAAGUUCAGUUUGAAAACUGUACUUUUAUUGGCGGAUCAAAUGCUAUCUCGCAUCGAAUAUAUCCAUUCAAGAAACUUUAUUCAUCGUGAUAUCAAACCUGAUAAUUUUUUGAUGGGGAUCAGCAAACGUGGAAAUCAAGUAAAUGUCAUCGAUUUUGGUUUAGCAAAGAAGUUCCGUGAUACUCGAACACAUUUGCAUAUCCCAUACAAGGAAAACAAAAAUCUGACAGGAACAGCUCGAUAUGCAAGUAUCAAUACUCACUUGGGCGUAGAACAAUCAAGACGCGACGAUUUGGAAUCAUUAGGAUACGUAUUGAUGUAUUUCUGUCGAGGUUCUCUUCCUUGGCAAGGAUUGAAGGCUGCUACCAAAAAACAAAAAUAUGAUCGUAUUAUGGAAAAGAAGAUGACAACUCCAACUGAAUUGUUAUGUCGUGGUUUUCCAAGUGAAUUCGCUAUUUAUCUCAAUUAUACUCGCUCCUUACGAUUUGAUGAUAAACCUGAUUAUGGCUAUCUUCGUAAACUCUUCCGUGAUCUAUUUCUUCGAGAAGGUUAUCAAUAUGAUUAUGUAUUUGAUUGGACAAUGUUCAAAUUAAAUGAAUCGGAUGAAGCUCGCAAACAAUCGGAAUCAAAGAUGAAACAAGCUAAGGAUAAUAAUAAUAAGGAUCAAGAACUUGUUGAUACUGCUGGUGCAACCGGAGGUGUUUCAAGUAGUCGUAUGUUGGCAUCUUCAUCACGUGUAGUGACUCCUACUUUACCAAAUGAACCUUCUUCAUCCUUUCGUCGUGCUGUAGCUACCAACAAUGUCAAAAAGACCCCUGCUAUUGGUGCCUCUGGAAAUGUCUCAUCGGCAAAUCCAUGAUUUUUCAAAACUUCAAGAUAUCAAAGACUUAUGAAAUGCAAUCACCCCUCUUCUACAUCUAGUUAGUCAUACUUUUUUUUUCUUCCUUUAUCAUUAUCUAUUUUUACUGUUACAGUAUUUUUGGCAAUUGUUUCUU